AUGUCCACACCGAUGCAGUUACGAGCGGUCAACGUUUCCUCCAAGGACUUGGCUCUGAUAUCAUUCACUCUUGUGCUGUACGAUCACGUUAUCACGUUUGCUGAAGAGAUAAGUUUCUUCUGGACCGGGCCAUGGUUCACAGAUCCGAUACCUGGCUGUGACACAAGUAUUCUUGGUGCUUUUUGGGGUGUCGUGACAUUGCGAGUAUGGCAUCUAUUCAAUCGGAGCCGCUUCAUUAGAUGGCUUGCGGCCGCUGUUUUCAUCAGUUCCAUGAUAGGAACUGCAAUUGUUGGCGGCUUCAGUUUUCACGACGUCAAGAAUGCCUACGAUAUCACCAACUCGUCUUCGGGGAGCCCUCCAGUGUUAUUCACAAUCUACUUGCCAUCCUUGAUCGUUCACACGGUCAUGUUCUCACUGACCAUGUAUCGCUUUCGCGCCAGCUCAGGACCUUUGCAAGAACAUGGGAUUAUCCAUCGGUUCUUAAAGGAAGGGAUGUUUAUGUAUGCAUUUGCUGCCGGAACGCUACUGUACGAAAUCAUCUGCCUUUCCAUGACUAAACCAGAUGACAUAUCCAUCUACUAUCCAGCCCUUGGGGGAGGAUUGGCAGUAGGAACCACAGUCGUCUCCGUCUGUCGCGCGAUGCUUAGCAUUCGCUCAUUGGCUGCAACUCACCAUGUCGAUCCUGUAUGGCUGCUUAACCAUGCGGAACUCAGCCGUGUUCCAUGGAGGAGAGGAGCUAGUGAAGGGGAAAUCUAUGUCGAAGUGGAUGCGCUGGAAGUUUUCCCUCUCGGUGACUAA